AUGGCUCGAAUUGCUUUCGUCGCAGCUCCGUACGGCCCGAAGCGGUCCGAGAGCCCCGCGCUCGGUGCCGGGGAAGCCGAGCGGCACUGCCGUCCUCAGAGCGGUCUGACGCGAUGUUACGGAGCGAAAGUUUGUUUGCUUUCAUCGACCUAUAUGGGUACCUGUGAACUUAGCAAAGUGCAGCAUGGUCGAGCCUUCAUGAUCUAUGCUUUCUUUGCAGCUCUUUCCAAACACUUUUUUCUCCGAGCCCCGCCAUUCUACUCAGCAUGCUGCGGUGGGUCCUGUCAGCACCCUGCAUCCCCCACUGCUUUUCCAAGAGAGGAAAGUGUCCUGCCUCUUCUGACCCAGGAGUCUAACUCCAAAGCCCGGAGAGGUAUAUUAAGAAGAGCUGUCUUUUCUGAAGACCAGAGGAAGGCUUUGGAGAAAAUGUUUCAGAAGCAGAAGUAUAUCAGUAAAACAGACAGGAAGAAACUGGCCAUUAACCUGGGCCUAAAAGAGUCUCAGGUAAAAAUUUGGUUUCAGAAUCGAAGGAUGAAGUGGCGAAACUCCAAAGAAAAGGAAGUGCUUUCAAACAGGUGCCUCCAAGAAGGUCUUCAGGAAAACUACCUCUCACAGUCCGCCAUGAAUUUUGCCUCCUCAUGUCCCUCUGUGUGGGAAGUGUCACAGGAGCAGACAAGUCCAAGGUGGAGGGAGAAGUCUCCAGGAAAUUCUGAAAGACUGGCUAGUAUACAGCCACCUCCAAGAGCAAACUCAUCACAGAGCCCAUUGUAUUUGUAUCCUGAACAUGACGCUGCAAAUAAGGCAGUUACAUCAUCAACCUAAGAAAGUAGGGCCAGUUUGUAAAUUGAGUGGAGAGUGCAGGCUUCAAAUGGGAGGUCUUCUGAGACUAACAAUAUUUGGACACUGUAAAGCUAACUAGUUAUGCCUCCUAAAUUUGCUAAAGUCUAACACCAUUAAAAUGACAACUAAUGAUUUAAGAAAUAUUUUUCAAUACUCAGUCUUUUCAUGUCUCUUUUCCAGUCUUGUAAUGACCUUAAAUGUGAAAUAGAAAUUGAUGGCAAGUAAAACAAAGUGAAGCUGAAGUUUUGCUCUGAGUUAACAUCUGCACUGUGUAUAGAUUUUCAUUAAAACACACUGAUAGAAAACCA